AUGAGUCUGCAUCCUGUGGCCCAUACGUUGCAGCGUGCGUCGUGUGCUGCUCUGUCAAGUCGUCUAAUGGUUCGAAGCUUGAGCUCAAAGUCGUCGCGUUUUGACCGGACGGAGAGACUGUUGGACGAGAGCGUUAUGAAGCACAUUGUGUGUCCAAUUUCCAAGUUUCCACUUCGCUACGACACCAUGCGCGGGAGUCUUGUAUGCGACGAGAUUAACGUCGAGUAUCCGAUUUGGCAGGGUGUUCCAUUGCUUGUGCCGUUAGAAGGACGUUUAAUCAAUGCAAGUAACAAUGACAACGAACGACCACGUGAAGAGAUAAUGAUUCGCAGUGGAUAG